AUGAAUCCCCACCAGCAGAACAAAGUCGAUACUGCCUCUCUAUCCCCUGAUGAGCAACGCCUAUUGCGUCUCUACGGAAAGAUGCCCACCAAGAAGGAUCUGUUGCAGAAUAAAUUAAAGGAGCGGAAGUACUUCGAUUCAGGUGAUUACGCCCUGAGCAAGGCCGGCAAGGCCUCUGAUGUGGGUGUCACCAAUAUUGGUUCUCAGCACCCUGUCCCCGAAAAUAUUCCUCAUUUGACGGCUACCUCUCCUGGGACGAAUAACCCAGCAGCUGCCAGCAAUGGUGGCAGUAUCAACUCUCAAGGACAGCAGAUACCUGGCAGCAUCAGUGGACACCCGGGGUCCAUUGGUUUUCAAAGCCGCAGCCCGGUGAAAGAAGGGAGCUAUUUACAACGCGGAACUAGCGCAGAUGAAUCCGAGGGUAAUACCGCUGCACUUAAAGAUGCAAAGGAACCCAGCGUGAGUCCGCCCCCUGCUCGCAGUGGCGUUCCAAUCCGGCGAUAA